AUGGACUGUCACCACAAGGAGAUCACUCCUAUUUUCAAGCUUCCUGAAUUUACUACAAAAGAACAUCUGAAGUCAAACUACACUCAAUUUACUUCAGCCACAGAGCCUCUACCAAAUCCUUUAUCCUCGCCCCCCGCUAACAACAAUAACCUACCACUUGGAAACCAAGCUGCAGUUGCACCUGCCGCCAACUUGAAUCCAUAUCACAAUGCUGCCGCCGCAGCUCAAAACCAAAACGUCAUGCGCCACAUUGAGGACACUCUUGCCCACAUUUGGCGAUCUAUCCGCACCUGUUUUCUUGACGCAUGGACAGCUUAUAUUUGUCUGCAAAAAGACAAUGAUAACGCCCUCUGUAUGAAGAAAAUGUUGACCAAACUUCUCACUAAUGAAGCUACUGCUGCCGCUGCAAUGCAAGUCGACCAAGAAGCAGCCCUUCCUCCUGCAACCCUUGCCACCCUUAUUCAGAGGGAGGUGCUUUAA